AAAAUAAACAACGCUUACCUAAACCAUCGUAAACAGGAGUUCUGACAGGAAAUUAUCUGUUUGGAAUUUUUCUCAUCUAACUUAUUAUUAAUAUGGCUGCAGUAUUAAAAAAACGAGCUCUUGCUGAAUACAGCAGUGUUUUGCAGGAAAAAGCUAAAAAACCUGCAAAAAGACUACGCAUCAUCAAAAAAGUUGCUACAUUUUCAGAAUUAGAUGUGGAUUUAUUAAAAAAUACAACUUCCAGUGAAGCAUUACAAUUUUUGCUUUUGGUUGAAGAAGCUAUUAAAGGAGAGGUAGAAGCUAUUCCUUUAUAUAAUACAUUAUUAGAGCAUUAUCUAAAAGAACAAGAACCAGCAGUGAGAGUGAAAAUAAUCAGCAUUCUUUCUCAGAUGGUUCAAGGGAAUUUAAUUGAACCUUAUUCCUUGUUUGAAGAUUUGCAGCCACUCCUUAAAGGAGAAACAUCACACAAAGCUAUAGCUGUUCUGCUAUCAACAUUUCAUCAAAUAAAGAGAAUAGAGAAGGAUGAUAAGCUUCACCUUCAAAUUUUUCAGCUAGCUAAAAAGUAUCUGAGUAAUCGGAGUUAUGAAGUAAAAUGUGCUGCAUUGUCAGUGAUUGGUGAUUUUAUUGCAUUGGAUGACAAAUCUGAAACAUUUCAAAGUACUCUACAACUUCUAGCAGAAUAUAGCCAUGACCAUGAACCAAGAGUUCGUACAGAAGCUCUAAAUGCAUUACUAAACCUUCAUUAUCGAGGUGUAAAGUUGGAUUCUACAUUAUAUGAAGAAGUUUGUGAAGCCCUUACUGAUGAUUAUGAAGGUGUCAGAAUGGCUGCUUUGAGAUUAAUUGAUGUUAUAAGCCAUAUGCAUUCAGAAAAAUUAGUUGCUGUAGGGUCAGAUGAGCAGAUUAGAUUAGCAGAUGAUGCCUUUGCAAGAAUAUGUAAAAUGAUUACAGAUCCCUCGACUAAUGUGCGUGUGCUAGCUGCUUCAUUACUGGGCGAGUUCAAGGAAGUCAGCUUAGAAUUUUUAAACCAGACACUUGACAAGAAGUUGAUGUCUUCUUUAAAGAAAAGACGUUCUGGCUUAGAUGGUCAGAAGGAUUAUAAUGAGGAAAAUGGUUGGUCAUCUGGUAAAAAAAUGCAUUUUGAAGCACCAAAAGAGGAAGUUGAAGAUGAUGUAAACCUUAUGAGUUCAGGAGCUUGUGGUGCAUUUGUUCAUGGAUUUGAAGAUGAGUUACAGGAGGUGCGAACUGCAACUUUGGAUUCAUUUUGUAAACUGGCUACUUAUUUUCCAUCUUUUGCUGCAAUAUCCCUUGAUUUCCUUGUGGACAUGUUCAAUGAUGAAACCGAAGAAGUAUGCUUAAAAGCUAUCCAUUGUCUACAAAAGAUUAGUCUUCAUAUAAUGCUGAGAGAAGACCAAUUGAAAACAAUUUUAGUUGUAUUAGAGGAUUUCUCUAUGGAUUUAAGAGAAGCCCUUCAUGCUAUGCUUGCAAUGUGCAGACUGACUACCAAAGAAUGUUUAAAAUUUUGUAUUGACAGUCUUCUUAAAAAUCUGAUGCGCUACCCACAAGAUAAAAGAUCUAUUUGGAAAUGUUUACAACAACUUGGUUCCAGGCAUCCAUAUUUAACUUUACCUCUAGUUCCUGAACUACUUAGCAUCCAUCCAUUUAUUGACAUGACUGAACAAAAUGUUGAAGAUCCUGCAUAUAUAUGUAAUCUAAUUUUGGUAUUUAAUGCUGCGGCCAAUUGUCCUGUUAUGCUCUCAUUGUUUGAUGAAUAUACACAGAAACAUUAUUCCUACUUAAAAGACACUUUUCCACAUUUAGUUCCCCAACUGAAGCUCAGAAAUGUAUCUGCAUCACCUUCUGACCUUGAAUCAUCAGAUGAACACUCACGCAAAUUUUUAAACCAAGUUUUGGAGAGAGUUGCUGCUGCUGAACACCGGAAUCCAAAAGCUAGACAAAAUAUUUUAGAAACUUCUAUUCAAGAUUUGAAGCAACUGUCAGCUAUUGAACCAAAGCUGUCUGCAGCUGCUAACUGUGCUGCUUUAUAUAUACAGUGCCAGCUUCUCUUAGCUAAAAUUAUUUCAAAUAAAAAUUGGUUGAAUCCUUCACUGUUAUCUCCAUUACAGAGCAGUUCCCUAAAAUCAUCAUUGGAACAAUUGUUACAGCUGUCAUUUUGUUUGAGUCACCAAUUUUUGGGAUUAAAUAGCGAAGAGAUAAUAUGCUUAAGACAACUGAGGCUUCGAGCUUUAUCUUUGCAAUUGUUGGUCCUUAUCAGAGGAAGCAAUACUUCAGCUCUUGGGCCCUGUGAGGCCUUUUUGGAACAAGUUGAUUCAUUACAAAGAUUUCAAGAAGAACAAGGUCUUAACCCUGAUAGUUUUACUUCUGCACUCUUCCGAGAUUUGGACCUAUUGGAAGAUCCUAAACCAGGAACAGUUGCCCGAGUGCUGCAACCUUUAUUGCAGUCAUGCCCUUGCCCUUCUUUGCGUCUAAAUGUUGAUAACCCUGAAGGUUUAGAAAGGGUGAAGCAAGCAAGUGCGGUAAUACAUGAACCAGCUGCUGAUUCUGAAACUGUGCAUAAAUUUACUGCUGGUUUGGUUUUAGGAAUAACUAUGGAUGCCGAGAUAGAAAAUGUUGAGAAUGUGAAAAACGUUAAAGUGAAAGUGAAAUAUCCAGAUCAGCAAGUACAACUCAUUUUACCAAGACUAGCAGAUUUCAGACAGCAGGGAGAAUUGCAGUAUAGAUUGUAUACUUCUGUUUUACUCUCACACAGUAUUUGGUCAGAGGCAUGUCAUGUAGAAAUGAGUCUGGUGUUAGAUUUUAGUGAUACUGAAGCAAGUGCACGAAACAGCCAAAAAAAUACUGGUUGGUUGAAGGCAGAAGAUAAUACAAUUGAACUAUCAAAGCCAGUGAAAGUAAACAUUUCUCCGAAACCAGCAAAGAAAGGAAUAUAAAUUUUUUACAUAAGGUUAUUUUACUGUAUAUAAAUAAAUGUUUUUUUAUUGUAAAAUCCUGAAAUAAUUAUGUAAUAUACAUAGACAUAUGAAUCAAAGAUUUUAAUAAUAAUGGAUGAAAUAAUCAUAUGUACAAACUUUUUACAAUUAAAACAUUAUAAAAUUCACAAUCUUUCAACUUGAUCA